CGUGUCUGCGAAGACGGUUCUCUUGUGUAGUCCGAACCUUGCAUAUUGCUGCUGAACAAACCACACUUGCUUUUGCCCUGACGGGCGUUUCUUGAAACAAACCCCCUCAAAAUGAUGAAUAUCUUUCGCCUCGCGGGUGACAUGACUCACCUGCUGUCGAUUAUCGUGCUGCUUCUUAAAAUGAACGCAACUCGGUCAUGCAGGGGUGUCUCGCUCAAGACACAGGAGCUUUAUGCUGUGGUGUUCGUGUGCCGGUACCUUGACCUCUUCACCAACUUCAUUUCGUUGUACAACACGGUCAUGAAAUUAAUCUUCCUGGCCUCCACUUUCACCAUCAUCUAUUGGAUGCGGUUCCAUAAGGUCAUCCGAGUAACCUACGACCGUGAGCAGGACACAUUCCGCUACCAGUUCCUGGUGCUGCCGUGCCUGGUGCUUGCAAUGGUGCUUAACAGCGAGUUCACAGUGAUGGAGGUGCUGUGGACCUUUUCCAUCUACCUAGAGGCAGUGGCCAUCCUGCCUCAGCUGGUGCUGCUGCAGCGCACCAACAAUAUUGAUAACCUCACCGGCAACUACGUGUUUCUGCUGGGCUCGUACCGCGCGCUGUACAUUCUGAACUGGAUCUACCGCUUCAUGACGGAGCCCAACUACCGCCAGUACCUGGUCUGGAUCUCGGGCAUUGUACAAACAAUUGUCUACAUCGACUUCUUCUACUACUACAUUAAGAGCUGGCGGAACAAUGAGAAGCUGUCGCUGCCAGCUUGAAAGGCAGGGCAGCCCAGCUGUUAAGUGCUUUUUUUUGUAGGUCGUCAAUAUGGCAGCAUUCGCCCCCACGUGUUUACUGCAGUCGCUUAUGAGCGCGUGGUUGUGCUGGAGAUUGUCCCUUGUGUGUGAAAAUCAAUGCGUCUGCGUUGAAUAUGGAUAGCCAGCCGCUAGAUGACGGCCCGGAACCACUAAGCAGGAGUGCGGCAGCAGUGUUAGUCAAUGGGAGAGCAUCUGCCAGUCGAGAAUGGGGCCAACAGCUGCUAAUGGAAGAGGACUGCCUGGCUGAGUGCAUGAACACGUUGCGUUCCUAGUAGGCCCUAUGACGGACAUCGCCGCCCGUGCAUGGUUAAACACCUUGACGGGGCGGAAUUCGGUGCCGUUGCCUGAAGGUAUGGUGAUAUGGCGGUCGGCAGGGCUAGGCGACACUUCGUAGGCAAGGGAGGUCAUGUGAGAUACUCAGCAUGGCUGCAUGGCCAUGAUGAACGAGUGGAGCCUUGUCAGAGAUUAGGGAGAAAGUAACGUGUUGGUGCAUCGGUGCCAAGGAGGUGGUUUUUGUUAGGCGCAUCAGCUGCCAAAUUUGAGUCAACAUGGAGCUGCAUGGACCCACAGGAGCGUGGACGACGUGUGUUUAACAUACGCACAUGAAUCCACUUAUCCCAAUGCAGCAGUCAGUCAUCGACGCUUGGCGGCUUGGUGCACAAUAGUUGCCGGCAUGUGCCCUGCCAAGGUUUUCCUGUUGUCCAUCUGCCUUUUCCGCCAGCGAGGUCGGAGCUUCGUGUGUUGCGGCACCUUUUGACGCAUGACUGCAAAUGCUUGUCUAGCACAGUGUGUACAGAGAUGGCCAAAGGGGCUGCUGGGGCUAAAGGGGUGCUCCCAGGCACCCGUGCCACACGAGGCGCAUGGCAAUCAGUUUUAUGGCGAAAGUUUUACGGCGAAAGCGCAAAAGCAAGCUGCACGGACUCUCCUGAUGUCAGACUUCCACCACGGCAUUACCGGUGAAACAGAGGCUUUCGGUCUUUGCCUGUCAACUCAGUAACUUCAGAACCCCCGAACUUA